UUGAGGACGGACGGAAAAACGGUGUAGGAGGCGAGGCCGGACAGGGCGAUCAACAAUCCCAAAGUGACCACGAGUCCCACCUUCAGGAUUGCCCCAUUCACCCCACAGCAUGGUUGUCUGCUGCAGGCCAUUGUCGGCGGCGCUUAGCCCUCCAUCGCCCGCCGGCGGCAUGCGAAGGUACACUCAUGAACGCCUUCCUAUUGGUCCCGAGAUGGCCACGUGACGUGAUGAAUCACGUGCCACGCUUUGUUGUCAUCCUUGAGAUGUCUUCGCAGGAAAUGGACUUCGGCUUGCGCGCCUUCCGUACGCUGGCUGGCUACAGGGCGGCUCCCAAAAGCAGCGCUUACUUUUCUUCGGAGUUUUUUCGGACUAAGCGUGGAUGUUUUUGAGUAUAAGUUGGAGACAGCGUUGUUCUAUCAAAGUUGCUCCGCGUUUGUCUGUACUGCAAAGCAGAACACGCAAGAAACAUAUAACAAAUAGUAUUUCUGUCGUCGCUCGAUGAGUUGUGAUCUGUUGGUGUUUUGUUGUGAUGUCUACCAGUGGACACGAGCGGGUUCUUUUUUGCUUGCCAAACAUUCUGCCCCCCAAACUGCAUAAAACAAAUUAUGCAAAUCAGUACAGAAGCUACAGCGUCACACAGUAGGCGACUGCAUGCCGGAUCUUCCUGUGGCUCAACUUGACUAGUAUAGGAUUUAGCAGUGGCAUGUGUUGGAUUUCGUCGGCUAAAUGUAGGGUAGGUUGGAAAGUUGGAAAUAUCGUGGUCUUGGACAGUUUUUACUCAUAAAAUCGACGUGCUCGUCAACUGCGAUCACGCUGAACGAGAAACCGAUGGAGACUCCGCUUUUCCCAUCCCUUCAACCCAAAAUUGCGGAUCCUCAUUGGUUCUGCGUCGAUAGACCGUGCGACGAUGAGGCAGAGCUGACUCAGCUCGAGAAAGAACAUCAGAAUGCUCUAACGAGCAUAUCGCAGAAGCACAGCGAGCUUGUCCCCAUCGGUAAAACAGCUGCCGAGGAGGAAGACGAAGAGGACGAGGAGGAAGACGACAACGACGACGAGGAGAGCGACAGCAAUGAAGAUGAAGAUGACGAGUUGGAUGCAGACGACAUGAACUAUGAUCAGGAUUCUCCGAUGUUCCACUGAAGAUGGAAAUCUAGCAACAUUUAUUAGCCGACAGUGUUGGCAGUGUCAAUGCAACAUGAACUGGCCCAUGGACUGAGCAUGUCCCAAGUGGCAGUCCAGAGACGCUCCUCUUCUGCAUUUUGCUCUUCUGCGACAGUGUGGACUUGGCCGUAUUCGACGUACGCCCCCUUGGCUCCUUCCAGUUGUUGGCCGAGAGCAGCGUGCACAACAGCAGCUGCACCUUCGUCUGCCGCCUGCAUCAGCGUGCAGUGUUGGAAUGACAUUAGCUCAAACAAAUUAAUUCAGAGUUACGUAUUUUAAGAUGUUUUGUUCGAUUGCACUGAAUCCCUGUUUUACACAAUGUUCACGCGGGAUUAUAUCAUUUCGCAAGCUUCUUGCUCGCAGUCAUUUUGUAAGUAUAAGUUUCGUUGUCACUUUCGAGCCUUUGUAAAUAAUAAAGCACUGCCGUCGGAGCACACCAGCACUGGA